AUGCCGUGCGUGUGCUCAGGCGCCUACACCAUGUCUAUUUCUUCCCGCCAUCGUUACAAGAGGCCGCUACAGCGUGGCCUGCUCAGCGUAUGCGCGUUGGCGCUAUUCGUUUGUGUGGUGUUCACCCAUGCCUCCGCCCCUGUGUACGACGCGAGCAACGUGAAGAUCAUCGUGGAAAACACGUUUGAUUCCACCCAGCGCAGCUCUCACAUUCAGGUGUGCGAAGCGAAGGGAGGUGUGCUGGUGCCAGACGUAUCUGACGCCAUUCACCAGGAGCUGGUGAACGCGAUGACGGCGGUGGGUGCGACUAGCUAUUGUGGCUACCUGGGAGGCACCACGCUUCUGUCCUCCUCCUCAUGCACAACGUCCAAGGCAACGCUGGACUGCAUUUGGUAUUGGGACGAAGGGCGGUACAGCGGUAUCGAGAGCGCCUACGCCUUUUACAAAGGCAACUACUUCCCUGCCUCGGGGAGCAACGGUGGUUUGGCCGGUGCGGGCAUGCUCAGCACCGACUCGAGUAACCACUGGACGACGAAGAAGGGCGUGCAAGCAUACCCGGGAAGGAAGUACCAGCGCUAUGCGAUGCUCAUCCUGCCCCAAACGUCUUCAACGGCAGGUUGGAUGGACAGUGCUGAAAGCGGGUUUUCAUACGGCGAAGCGCCGACGAACCGUUACUAUGCCAUGUGCCUCGUCGAACAGGCAACAACGACUACGACGACCACCACGACGACGACCACGACCACUACGACGACGACCACUACCACGACCACCACCACGACGGCAGCUCCCUUGAUUACCACAACUACAACCACGACGCCUCCUACCACCACCACGCUGCCACCCACCACGAGCACGACCAGCGAACCGACGACACGAGAGGAGAGCGACCAGAAGGUGACCAUGUGGGUCGGUAUCUCGAUCUUCCUUGUACUGGCGAUGGCCCUUGUUUUCGCCCUCAUUAUGGGCAGAGCUCGGCAAAAGGGCUGGUGUUGCUUUGCGGCCAAGGAGCCUGCAGGCGCCGCGUCGACGACAUCGGGCAAGUUGGUUGCCCCGGCGGCGUCGUUGAGCGAAAAGCGACGCAGGUCGCGGCGCCCCAGCCUCGCGUCAAAGUCGUCCUUUCACUCGAACAGCAGUAGCAGUGGAACCGUACGCUCCUUUCACGUCGCCUCACCCCACAGGGACCGUUCCGGGCGCCGAUCGAUUCUCCGAAACGAUGACGAACAGAUGGAGGACUAUCCAGAGCACCACGAUGCCUGUUCUAGCGCCCGCAGCCAGGACCUCGCAGGGAGUGAGAGGCUCGAUCCUAUUGCACUGGUGGAGAUGGUGCCUCUGCGAUUCUCGGAGCAGCGCAUGGUUUCGACUCUGCCAGUGGAGCUCGCCCAACCGCCACUCUAUAGCGAGCCGCUGAUACAACAAUCGUUGUGGAACUCACGGUCGUCUCAGUGCGCAGAUGAGCGCAUCAUGGACACCCCGCGGCCGCGACUGCGCCGCACCUCGAGCGUGAGCUUCAUCGACUAG